GGGCGCGCGGGCGGCUGCGCGGCGGGCGGCGGCCAUGGCGGCUCCGCGCUGACGCCUCCUCCCGGCCGCCGUCUCCUCCCCGCCCGCUCGCCCGCGCGCCCGGCCCGCUCCCCCUUCACCCCGACGCCGCCCUCGCCCGCCCCCCUCCCCUCUCCCACCAUGCCCGGCAUGAUGGAGAAAGGGCCCGAGCUGCUGGGCAGGAGCCGCGCGGCCGGCGGCGGCGGCGGCGCCAAGAGCCCGGCGGGCGGCGGGGGCGGCGCGGCGGCCACCAACGGCGGGCUGGCCUCGUCGGAGCCCGAGAGCGGCGGCAGCAGCGACGACGAGCACGGUGAUGUUGGGAUGAGAGUCGGCGCCGAAUACCAGGCUCGGAUCCCGGAAUUCGACCCAGGUGCUACAAAGUACACGGAUAAGGACAAUGGCGGGAUGCUCGUGUGGUCCCCACAGCACAGCGUGCCUGAUGCCAAGCUGGACGAGUAUAUCGCGAUUGCGAAGGAGAAGCACGGCUACAAUGUGGAGCAGGCACUUGGCAUGUUGUUCUGGCAUAAACAUAACAUUGAGAAGUCCCUUGCCGAUCUCCCUAAUUUCACUCCCUUCCCGGAUGAGUGGACGGUGGAAGAUAAAGUCCUGUUUGAACAAGCCUUUAGUUUCCACGGGAAGAGCUUCCACAGGAUCCAGCAGAUGAACAAACAGGAACAUUCAUUCAGAAACAUCAGUGGUACGACUGUGGUUAUACAGCUUCCAGACAAGACAAUUGCUAGCCUUGUAAAAUAUUACUAUUCCUGGAAAAAAACUCGAUCUAGGACAAGCUUGAUGGAUCGCCAGGCUCGUAAACUAGCAAAUAGACAUAAUCAGGGUGACAGUGAUGAUGAUGUGGAAGAAACACAUCCCGUGGAUGGAAAUGACAGUGACUACGACCCCAAAAAAGAAACCAAGAAAGAGGGCAGCACCGAGCAGCCUGUGCAGACCAGCAAGGGGGGCCUUGGGCGCAGGGAGUACCAGAGCCUGCAGCACCGCCACCACUCCCAGCGUGCCAAGUGCCGGCCGCCCAAGGGCAUGUACCUGACCCGGGAAGACGUGGCCGCUGUGUCUUGCAGCCCCAAUGCUGCCAGCACCAUCCUACGGCAGCUGGACAUGGAACUGAUCUCACUGAAGCGCCAGGUUCAGAAUGCUAAGCAAGUCAACAGCGCACUUAAGCAGAGAAUGGAAGGUGGGAUUGAAGAAUUCAAACCCCCUGAGUCGAAUCAGAAAAUUAAUGCCCGUUGGACCACCGAGGAGCAGCUUCUAGCAGUGCAAGGUGUCCGCAAAUACGGUAAAGAUUUUCAAGCUAUUGCAGAUGUAAUUGGCAACAAGACUGUUGGCCAAGUGAAGAACUUCUUUGUAAACUACAGGCGUCGGUUUAACUUAGACGAGGUCUUGCAGGAGUGGGAAGCAGAGCGAGGAACCCAGGCUUCUAAUGGUGAUGCUUCUGCUUUAGGGGAGGAGACCAGAGGUGCUUGUCAUGAGCCGCCAGGGAAGAGCGCUGAUGAAGAAGAGGAGGCGCCUCGGACUCUGGGUCCAUCACCUCCUGCCCCAGCGUCCACUCCAACACCCUCAGCCCCCGUGGCCACGCUGAACCAGCCUCCGCCGCUGCUCCGGCCCAGCCUGCCCACGGCCCCGGCGCUCCACCGCCAGCCGCCCCCGCUGCAGCAGCAGGCCCGCUUCGUGCAGCCCCGGCCCAGCCUCAACCAGCCACCGCCCCCGCUCAUCCGCCCUGCUAACUCCUUGCCGCCCCGUCUCAACCCCAGGCCUGUGCUGUCCACGGCUGGGGGCCAGCAGCCACCGUCACUCAUUGGCAUUCAGACAGACUCGCAGUCCUCCCUGCACUAGAGACCCGGGCAGACCCGGGAGGAAGGACCCAGCCCUGCGGCCCCCACGCGGCCGUGGACGGUGCCUCGUGGCUGAAGUGGG